CGCACGGCAUCCGGAUCCUGCUAACCGUUAUCAGCCGUGUGAGAACAUAGCCUUUGUCUUGAUAAUAGAUUUCUGAAGUAGUUUAUUUAUUGAUGAAAGCUGCAUUCAUGUCGGAUCCAAGCCGAAAUUCGGACCGUGUUUCCGCGAAGCGCAGACGCCAACGUUCCUAUUUUUACACACUGAAUCGAUUUUCCGAUCGUAAGGCUUUCCGAUCUGAAAAUAAUCGGAUUCGAUUAAAUGCACAUUAAGACAGACAUCAUGUUCAGAAUUGUAAUGAUAUUACCAUAAACAAAGCACGUAUAGGUUGUUUGUUGCUAGUUGCGCUACAUAAAAGGAGCAUCCCUUUAUCACGUCUCAGUCGGCACAGAGUUACUUGACUGAAUAAAUAGUUCUCUCCAUUGCAAUAAAAAUGAUAGCUACAUUAAUAAUUCCCAUCAUGGUCGUCAAUUUGGCUGCCGGUUAUACAAAAUGCGACAUCAAAGACGUACAAACGACCGCCACAGCUCACUUUUACGCACGUAAAAAUACUACUAUGGAGAAUGAAAACGAGACAAUCCAUGGAGUCUCAAGAUACACAUGCAUGCAGACAUGUCGUAAAAAUAAGUCCUGUUUGGCAUUCUCCUAUGCAGACAAUAUAUCUUUGUGCAAUCUGUAUGAUUAUGACAGCAAGUCAGCCGACAUGUUACUCAAACAUGCUCCAGGUGUAUGGUUUUACGAUAUGCAAAAUAAUGCUGAAAACUCUGUACAGAGCUACGUUGGUCGUUGUGCACAGGGUCAUCCGUGCCUCAAUGGGGCAUCCUGCCGAAAUGACUGUUCACCAAAGGGAUACUACUGUGCGUGCACCGAUUUCUACCGCGGUGAAUUUUGUCAAGACGGUACGUAUAUUUGGUAG